AUGGACACCCCCAGACUUAAGAAGGCGCUCAUGCAUGCCAUCACGGUCCAGCUGAGGGCUAUGGGCAAGCGCAUGAUGCUUGAAGCUGCGCAAGUGGUCAAGGCUGAGCUGAAGAAGCGCCUGAUUUCCAUGGCAUUUCAGCUCAUUUCGGAGUUGACGGGCAUUGGCGGUGAUGACAAUCCGGACGAGGACACGUUGGGCGGCGAUUCUUUCUCCAACGUCUUGACUGGAUGGCUUCCCAGCAGCGUCGAUGUGCCGGGCACGCCGGGCUUGCCGACGGCAGGAUCCGUCUUCGACAACAUGGAUACGAUGAUGACGGGCCCCGGGCUCGACGGCCUUGCCAGCUUCUCCGGGCCGAAAUUGGACGGCAUUGACCUCGAGGGCCUCGCAGAUGAAGCAAACAAAGGUGCCCACAUGGAGGAUCUAGGCGACGAGGAUAACUUGGUCAACAGCCUUUUCGAGGCCAACAAGGGCCAGCUGAUGGGCGGAGCCAUGGCUUUCGGCCUCCCCACAGGGGCUGGGAUUUGUACCGAUGAAAAUCAAGAGCAGUUCCAGCAGUCCAUCGUCAAGUCCAAGGAGUACCUGACGGAUAUCCGGAAGUCGGAUAUGGUCGAUGUCUUCUCAAGAGCGGGCGGUUUGGCCUGCACAGUGGAAGACCUCGGGAAUGAUGUUAUCGACUUCUUGGAUGAGAUCAUGGACGCAGCAGAAACCAUCCACAUCUUCGUGAAGCUCGUGAAGCCGCUUCCCAUGGUCGGCAAAAUCGGAAAGUUUUUGGACAAGCCCAUUAAGAAUGUCAGAAAGCAGCUGGAAAAACAGUUCAAGAAGAUCCAGGACUUCAUCCGAGACGUUCUCCUGCCACCGACCAAUGGAUUGUGCCAAUUCGUGAGCAGCAUUGUCAACAAGAUGGACUAUCUUCUGACAGGCUUUGAUGUUGGGCUGAUCGCCGCCUUCCCGCCGGUGCAGCCUGCGGAGAUGAUCGGACAGGUCCUUCAGGUCUGCGCAUGGAUGCCUCCUUCGGUGAGGAUCCUGAAGCCGGUUCUGAAAGUCAUUUCCCAGGCGGUAUCCUUCGCUGGGAUGCCCCUCGGGUUCAUCAAGACGGUCACCGUCUGGGUGGAGGAAUGGUUCGCUAGGCCGCUGGUCGAUGGCUUCAAGUGGGUCUCCAACGCGGUGAACUCCUUCGUCGGGCCACUCCAGAAGGUGACGGACUUCCUUGGGAAGAAGUACAAGGUUUGCAUCUUGUGGGAAUGCUGGAGCUUCUCCAUCAAAGGUUUGCUUGACAAGUUGUCCGGCUUCUUGGAGGACAUAUUCGACUUUGCCCUCAAGCCUUUCAACAAGUUGCUGAAGCAGAUCUUCAAGCCCAUCGAGACGAAGGUAAAAGAGGUCUUGCCGCUUUACUGA